AUGCCCGGACCGUCCCCGGCAUCCCAACCCGAGCCAGGCUCUAUCAAGAUAACGGACGUGCGAGUCCGAGCGGGCAGCAGCCAGCGUUCAGGGGCGCCCAGUGAACGUUGGCGGCCUCGCAAUCCGAGGGUGCGCUUCCUCUUCCGGCCAACGGGGCCCAGCCACCCGCUCUCCCGGCGGGAGCGGCCCGAGGGCGGCCGGCCGGAGCUCCGUGGCCUCGCGGGCGCAGGGGAGGGAGAGCGGGCGGAUACUGCACCUUCCCCCCGGGCCCGCCCGGACCGUCCGGAUGCGCUAUGGACCGGGCCUACGCCGCUUCAUGCCGCGCCGCCUCCGCUCCCGUCGGGGCCACAGCAGCUUCCUCGGCGGCGGCCCCCGCGGCCCCCAGGCAGCGGACGAAGGGACUUAAAAGCGGCGGAGGCGAAGACAGCACCGAAGGCCUCGGCACUUCCGGUUCCUCGAGCCCCGCCCUCCGACCGAGGAAGGCUAGCGGCCGGACCAAGAAAGGAGGACUCUCGCCUCUGUGCGCGAGCGGGCCCCACAGCGCCACCGAGCGGCGGGAGGAGGUGA